UCUUCUCCAUUAGGGUUUCUCCAUCCUUCUCCCUCUUUCUCUCACUAAAAUACCCAAAUUGACAACUUGCUACUUUCUUCUUCGCUCCUCCAUCUCCAAUUUUGAAUUUUCAGUCGCUGGACCGAGCCAAGGAACCCUAAUUUCAGUUCUCAAUUUCAAUUUGGUGUAGUGAGAUUAUAUUAUAUAGAUUGAGUGAAAGAGAGAAAGGGGAGUUGAAAUUAGUCAAUGUGAGAAUGCCCGCUACGGAUUACCAAGGUUCAGCAACUGGGUUCGCUAGUAUUGGCCGCUCCAUGGACGGCGGCGGUAGUCACCAUGGUUCCACUGCGCUUGAGAUCGAGCUCGAAGCUUUUCAGAGGCAAGUUGCUGAUCGUUUUCUCGAUUUGUGCUCUUCUUGUUCGUCGGCGGCGGCGGUGGUUGGGUCUGAGGAACUUCUUUCUGUUCAAUGGAUUCGGAAACUUCUGGAUGCUUUCCUCUGUUGCCAAGAGGAGUUCAGGGCUAUUUUGUUCAAUCACAGGUCGAUGGUGCUCAGACCGCCGUUGGAUCGGAUGGUUUCCGACUACUUUGAGCGGAGCGUGAAGGCACUCGACGUUUGUAAUGCCGUUAGAGAUGGGAUUGAGCAGAUCAGACAAUGGCAGAAGCUAUUGGAGAUCGUUCUCAUCGCCUUGGACGGUCACCGGAGCCUCGGGGAAGGUCAAUUCCGCCGCGCUAAGAAGGCUCUUAUCGAUUUGGCGAUUGGUAUGCUCGACGAGAAGGAUUCGGGCUCAACUCUUGCUCACCGGAACCGCUCUUUUGGCCGGAGCAACUUCUCCCGGGAUCACCACCGUCAAUUGGGUCAUUUCCGAUCGUUGUCGUGGAGCGUCUCGCGGUCUUGGUCCGCCGCCCGACAGCUCCAGGCGAUUGCAAACAACGUGAGCGCACCGAGAGCCAAUGAAGUCGUCGCCACUGGGGGGCUAGCCGUAGCCGUUUUCACUAUCAAUUCAGUUUUGUUGUUCGUAAUGUGGGCUUUGGUUGCAGCUAUUCCGUGCCAGGACCGGGGCCUCCAGGUCCAUUUUCCUGUUGUCCACCGGAACCUGCCGUGGUCCGGGCCGAUGACUUCGCUUCACGAGCGGAUCCUUGAGGAGUCCAAGAGGCGGGACCGGAAGAACGCUUGUGGGCUGUUGAAGGAGAUUCAUCAGAUUGAGAAAUGCUCCCGGGUUAUGAGCGAGUUAACCGAUUCGGUUCAGUUCCCAUUAACGGAGGAGAAAGAAGCAGAGGUGAGGCAAAGAGUUCAAGAGCUUUCUCAAGUGUGUGGUGCCUUAAAGAAUGGAUUGGACCCUUUGGAGCGCCAAGUCAGGGAAGUGUUUCAUAGAAUUGUUCGGAGCCGUACAGAAGGGCUUGACUCUUUGGGAAGAGCCAACUAUUCCGAAUAGCUUUGUUUGUUUUUAUAUCUCAGUUGGUGGGUAAUUCGACGAUUUUAUAGUCAGAUUUGGCAUUGAGAACAGAAAGAAUUGAAAUAUGAAGAAGACGAAGAAGAAGGAAGAGGAAUCAGAAGAACGAGUUACCAUCAAUAAAAGGAAAAGAAAAAGUAAAAAGUGUAAGAGGAAAAAUGUUUCUUUGUAUUUAUUCACCAUAUAUUGCUGUAAAGAAAUUUAGGAGUAUGCUAAUGGACCUUACCCAAGUCCAUAGCUGCUGUUUUUUUAGUUGAUCAUGCUGGCUUUUGUAUAAUCAAUCAUCUGGGUCUUGUGCUUCUUCCUGCCAAAUCUGAUUUUUAUGUGAAUUAUAUGAUUAUAUGUAGUGUUCUUUGGCUCA